AGCUCCCUGAGGUUCGGCUUGGACGUGGCCAUGGACUUCGAGCUCCCCGCAGACGCUCCUGCGUGGCUCUUCCCACUGCGCAAACGCGAGGGCCGCGCGGACGGCUCGACGAUGAAGUGGGUGGUCCGCCAGGCGCUAGCCAACGCGAGGGCCUGCGCCGAGAUAGAGUCAAACAUCAACGACGCGUUCCUGAUCUCAGAACAGUCUUGGCUGGCUCAGGCGGGGAUCAGAGGCAACAAGUACUGCGCCGAGUGCGUGAAGCAGCUGGAGGAUAAGCGCGCCGACGACGCGACGACGGACCUCGGAUCCCUCGGGCCGCCCUGGCUCGCGGUGUUCUGGAUGGUGAUGGCGGGGGUCAAGAAGCAAUCCCAGAACGACCAGUGCAUGGAUGCGGUCAACAGCUUCUGGGAUGCAUAUAUCAAAAACAAUCAGCCAGCUGAGAUUGCGUUGACGAUUCGGCACAUCUCGUUCCAGGUGCCGCGGGGAGAGAAGAGUAAGCGCGCGGAGGGAAUGGUGGAGUUCAAGCCGAACGUGGCGUUGGGCACGAAAGCGGGGGCGGGCCUCCAGGAGCUGAUGUAUCGCGCGCUCGCCGAGCUCAGCGCGCAGCGUCUCGUAG